UAACUCAUGCAAGUGGUUACUGUGAUGCCUGGCCAGGGCGGGCAGUUUCGGUCAGUGGUUCUCCUAACGGUUGGAAUGUCCUUGUGAUCCUAACAUUUUAUGGUUAUCUCUUCUAUGCAAAUGAUGAUAACGCAGAAGCAUGGCCUAUAUAUCUUCCCAUUUCCAUUAGGCAUCCAAUGCAUUGGAGGAGCUUUGCUUCAUAAUUAUGGGGACUCUACCAAAGCCCCAGGAAACAGAUGAAAAAGAUAAUACCAAAAGGUUCUUAUUUCAUUAUUCGAAGACACAAAAGUUGGCCAAUUCAAAUGCUGUGUCAUCUGUCCUGCAUCCGCUGCUGCAGCUCGUUCCACAACUGCAUGAGAGAAGAAUGAAGAGGUUCAAAGUGGACGAAGAAUUCCAAGGUCCUAUUACAGACCAAAGUAGAGGAUUCUUUUUAUUCAGGCCACGCAAUGGAAGAAGGUCAGAAGGUUACAUUUAAAAUGGAUGCCAACUGUUUUCUGCAGAAACAACGCUAUGGAAUACAAGACAGUCCCUGAAUUUCACUUCUUGUCAACCCACGUGAAGAACAUGAGAAAGAAGGAGCAGAAGAGAACAAAAAGUAUCUUCUUUAAAAAAUGAAUUGCCUAGAUGAGGUGCGGACUUGAGACAGAGAAUGUUGCCAGAGCUGCUCCGGGUCUUUGCUCAAAACCUGCCAACCCCCACUUUUAGCAAGAGUUAACAUAAAUCUUUAAAGGGUCCAGAAAUAAAAAAGGAAACUACAAACAAACAAACAAAAACCAGAUGGAUCCAGCUAGGACCAAGAUGGUGACAGAUCUGACCUCCAACAGACCCUGAAUCUCAUUAUAUGCUGAUUUUACUACAUUUGCAUAUUAAAUGACACACCUACUGGUGGCCAAGACUGGAUAUUAAGGACCAAAAAAGGAUAAAAAAGGGUGGCACUCCAUUCCCUUGGAAAAAACGCUGCCUCUUCCCCAGUAGACUAAUGUAUAUGCCUCCCCAUCAUUAACCUCACUCCUCCUCCCUUUGUCUUUACUCUUUAAAAUUAAAGCCCUCUGGACACGUGGGCAAGAAGUAGAUCUGUGAACUUAGUUCCUGCUUCUCCAUUCUUU